AUGGAGGUCUCUUCCGCUCUGGGGGCGGCGCACCCUGCGUUCUUCGCGCGGGUCGGUGCGACGCUCUCGGCGGCCGCGGCAGGCGAGUCGGAGCCUGCGCUGGUGCGCGCCCUGGAGGUGAUUGACGAGGUCGGCGUGAGCCACGAGAAGGCGCGGCUACUGGCUGCGAUCGUUGAAGAGAAGCUGAGACUCUCUAGCGACGGCCCGCUGCUUCUGGCCGCCAUCGAGCUCGUCGCCAUGGCUGUCAGCAACCUCGGUGUCGACUUCGCCCGCGCCCUCGACGAACGAUUCAUGAGAACCAUGUGCAAAAUCCUCAGAAUGACGACCCUGAAGAAGUCUCUCUCGCGUGACGUCAAGAGGAAAAUCAACAAGCUGCUCAUCGGGUCUCAGAGCACAAAUCCAGGUGUCGCGACAGAUCCGCAGUUGCACCGCCUCAAGCGGAAAGUCCUCUAUCUUCUGCAGCUGUGGCAUGACUCGUUCGUCAUGCAGCAGGAACGCCUGCCUGCAAUCUUUGAGGCGUAUCGCAAGCUCCGUGCGAAAGGUGUCGAGUUUCCAAAGGUUGAUCCGAGCAUGAAGUUCAUGGUGAAAAACGCCGAGGAGUCUCCGGCCUUCGAUCCCUCUCUUCGAACGCGCCGAUCUGCUCCUUCCGCGCCCUCUGCACGGCGACCGUCUUCUUUUUCGUCUUCAGUUUCGUCCGCGCGACCGAUUCCUCCCCUGACUGCAGACGAAGAGCGCUCAGUCCGCGCGGCGCUGGCCUUCAUGCAGUCGGCGCGGGCGAGCACGUCGCCGUCGACGCGCAGGCGAGCGGAGGCGUGUCUGGAGGCCGGGCGCCCGCGGCUGCAGCGACUCGUUGAGACGCUCUCUGCCGAGGACGCGUCGCUUUCCGCGAACUUCUCGCGGCUAUGCGAGCUGCUGGAUCUCGUGGAUCGCAUCGAUGCGUGCCUCGGCGGCGUGCAGAGCCGCGCGCAGCCCGCCGGCAAAGAAGGCGACGCGACUGCGCGGGACGCGACGCGCCUCAGAGGAGAAGAAGGCCUUCAGCCGGAAGCGAGGCUGCCGAGCGAGGCUGCAGGCCGCCCCGCCUCCGCCAGAGCCAGCCAAGCCUUCACCACGAACGACAGCGGCAGCCAGAGACAGCUCCAUCUGAAACCGCCGCCGCCCCCCUCCUCAUCCUCUUCUUCGUCCUCGUCUUCGGUCUCUUCUUCUUCCUCUUCUUCAUCGUUGUCGGCUUCUUCCUUCCCUCUGCGGCCGCCUCCGUGCUCGGGGAGCGCCGCUGCGGCGUGUGCGGCGCCCCGUCCGCCCGCUGCCUCUCCGCCACAGACGCAGACGCGCGGCGUGGACUUGCUCGAGCUCGACGACGCCUUCUCCUUCGCCUCGUCCCCAGCGACCGCGAGCGCCUCCUCUCCCCAGCCUGCGGCGUCUCCCCAGCCUUGCGUACCUGCCUGCGCCUCGGCUGCCUGCGCCGCCCCGCCCGGCGCAUCUCUCGACUCGCUUGACACGAUUUUUAGGGUUUCGUCUCCUCCAGAGGCGGCAUCGAGCAACCUGUCUUUCUCUGCGUUUCCUGCGCCGGCGGCCGCCCCGCCGAAUGCCACGUUGGAGUCCCUCUUGGCACUGAACGCCCCAGCGCCUCCCAACCCGCCGCGAGCCUCCUGCACGCCUUCGUUUCCAGCCCACGCUUCUUCUUCAUCUUCGUCUUCACCUUCUUCUUUUUCAGGGGCGGGGGAGAGCAGCGAGCCGCAGCGCGGCAUGAGUCGCUUCGAUGCCUUCAACGAUCUCGUUGGAGACCUUCCGCCUCCGCCGUCGCUCUCGCUCUUUUCUCUGCCUGCCUUGCCUGCGAGCGACGCAGCUCAGGCACCCUGGGCUCCGUUCCCUUCUUCCGACCCCGCCUCCCCCGCUGUCGCAGUGCCUUCUGCAUCCUCGUCGCUCGCGUCUCCAUCGUUGUUUCCUCCUCCGCCUUCGUUAUCUUCCUCUUCUUCUGAAAUCGCUUCCUCUCUGUUUCCUUCUUCUUCUUCCUCUUCAUCUGCUCUUGCUGCAUCGUCCAUUCCUUCUUUCUCCCCCUCUUCUUCUGAGAUCGCUUCCUCGCCCUUUCCUUCCUCUUCCUCGUCCUCUGCACUCGAGUCAUCCUUCUUUUCGUCUCGUUCAUCUUCUUCCUCGUCAUCUGCUCUCGCUGCAUCCUCCUUUCCCUCUUCUUCGUCUUCCUCUUCACCUGAAACUGCUGCAUCCUUCUUUUCCUCUUCUUCCCUUUCUUCUGCACUCGGCGCGUCCUUCUUUCCCUCCUGUUCUUCCUCCUCUUCAUCUGCAGUCGAGUCAUCCUUCUUUUGGUCGUCUUCGUCCUCUCCCCCAGAAAUUGCUCCAUCCCUCUUUUCCUGUUCCUCUGCUUCUUCGCCUCCUUCAUCUUCUUCCUUUCCGCCACGGUCGGCCUCUGCGUGGCUGUUUCUUCCGGCGACUUCUGCGCCCUCUGCGACUGACGAAUGGAGAGCGAGUCAGGGCGAGCCCGCGCAGGAGGCCGCGUGCGGUGCUGCGCAGGGAGAAGAGGGAAGAGAGGGAGACGAGAAAGCCGAAACCCCGCCGCGCGCUGCGGGCGGACAAAACGCGAGUUUUCCGGCCGAAACUGUGACAAGCCGCGCCCUCUGCGACCCUUGGGCCCCGGGGAAGGCCUGCAAAGAACCAAGCGCCCCCCCCGAGCAGCAAGCGCCUGCGUCACUCGGUUCGCCUCCCUCCGCAGACGCGUCGAGCUUCCCAGCCUUCGCUGCCGACGCCUCUGCUCUCUCGGAUCCAUUCGCGGAGUGCUUCGCCACCUCAGGUGCUCCCUUCUCCUUCCCUGCGCUCUCCUCUGCUUCCUCUUCUUCCUCCUCUUCCUCUACUUCUCCUUCCUGUGCCUCUUCUUCCUCCUCUUCCUUCUCAUCCUCUUGUUCGCCUUUCGUCUCUGCGUCUCUUGAUCCCUUCGCGGAGGCGAGCGCGAGCGGCUCUUCUGUGCCUCUGCCGGAUGAAGCGCCCGCCACGUUUUUUUCUGCAGAUUUUUCUCCUCCGUGCUGGGUGAGCGCCGCUCCGGCGCCUGCAGCAGCGUCCGCUACUCCCCGCACGUUCGACUUCCCUGAAGACGCGCGGGGCGAUGACGCGGAGGGAGGCGACGACGGCAGAGUCGCGCGCCUGUCCGGAAAGGGCGGCGCCAGCGCCGCCGCUCAGACAGAAGAAAGGGAGACCCUCACGGAAGCUGCGCCAGAGACGCGCGAGGCCGCGCCGCCGUCCGAAGCGCGGCUGCGGUUCCCGGGGGAGGAAAACCAGCAGGAGUGGCGAGAGGAAAAACGCGCCAACCUCGAGCAGAGACAGGCGGAGGAAGCUGCGCCGACGAUGGAGGCGUCUGUGCUCAUAGAGGCGUCUGCGGUGGCGGCGCAGAGGGGACUAGAGUCUUCUGCGUCAGCGGCAGAGGCGGGAGGCGCGGCGCUGAAGGGUGAUUCGGAGGAUGGGCGCGCAGGCGCGGCAGGAGGGGAGAAGGAAGAAGAGUCAGACGACGCCGUGGAGAGGGGCGACGACGGCGUGCUCCUAGAGGAGCUGCAGCAGCAGCUCGAGGAGAUGACGCAGAACUUUGGAGUUUUUGACUUCUGA